CGCCCUGACGAGGGCGCGUGCGCGAGAGAGGCCGUUAACCCCGCCCCCGCCCGGCCACCGUGGCUUCCGGUGGAGGGCGGGGCUCGGCGGGAGGCUCGGCGGGCGGCCCGGCGGGAGGCGGCGGGGCCGGGCCGGGCCUCGCAGCGCGCAGUACAUGGUAACUGUCAACUUCUGGCCAUCCCAAUAAUGAAAACAGAAGCUAAGGACGGAGAAGAGGAAAGCCUGCAGACAGCAUUCAAAAAGCUAAGGGUUGACACAGCUGCAUCUCCUGCUUCUCUCGCUGUGGCUGAAGGGACAAGUCCAAGAGCGCUGGUUAGAACAGCAGCAGAUGAUACCAAACCUAAGACUGUGUGUACUUCCAAGGACACCUGGCAUGGGUCUGUGAAGAAGCCUUCAAGAGGAGUUGUGAGAACCCAGCGUCGCAGGCGUUCCAAAUCUCCAAUUCUUCAUCCUCCAAAGUUUAUCCAUUGCAGCCCAAAGUCACAUUCCACAUGCCACCAGCUAGCGCACAAGAGCCAGCACGAUGCCCCAGAUGACAGCAGUGGGUUUGGGAUGCCAGUGCCAAAGGAAGCUUGUGCACACGAACGAUGCAGUACUGCUCCUGACGCUGGCCAGAAGGGAGCUGAUGUUGAGUGUUCGGGAGCUUCUGUUACACCGCUGGCGUCAGAGAACAAGCAGGAGAACUCUGCAGCUGCCGUUGCUGUGGUAUCCAACGCGAGCCUAAAGACCUCGGAGCUUUCUGACUUUCGGUCUGUGUCCAAACUGAACACAAAUAAGCCAUGUGCGUGUGCAGAUAAAGCCUGUCAUUGUAAACAAUGGCAGGAUAUGGAAGUGUACAAAUUCUCUGGCUUGCAGAACACACUCCCGCUGGCACCUGAUAGCAGAACAGUUUCUGAGGACCAGUCCCAGGCUUUGCCAUCAAGAACUCCCUCCAGUUCUCCACGCUCUUGCUCUGAGCAAGCCAGGGCCUUUGUGGAUGAUGUGACUAUUGAAGAUCUUUCAGGAUACAUGGAAUAUUACCUGUAUAUCCCAAAGAAAAUGUCUCACAUGGCAGAAAUGAUGUACACCUGACAGCAACGAGCACUAAAAACAGAAGGGUGGGUGGUUUAAAUCUUCCCUCCGUCACACUCAUGUGAGAUGCAACCCACUCCCUGCUCACUGUGCUUGCAAUAAAAACACUUCUUUGCAUCUUA